AUGUUUCCCGCAGACUUUACUAAGGAAGAAGCACGUGUGGAGACACACACAAACAACGAAGGGGAGAUUCAGUAUUUUGUACAUGAAUCAAGUCAUGAAGAAGCUGGAACAUCUGCUAAGAAAUAUCCGGUCACAUGCUUUGUUCCCCGCUUUCCAGAUGAGCUGUCAAGCAGAUUACAGACAUCCUGGGUUGCAAGGAGUCAAUUUUUUACGGGUCUGUGGUAA